AUGGCGACGAACAUCAACGAAGCCGAAUUCAAGGCCAUCAUCAAAGCCGCCGAAGACUGGCCGCGAGCAGAUACGGGCAACACAGAUUUCGGCUAUGGCACCGCAGGCUUCCGAAUGCGUGCCGACCUGCUCGACUAUGUUGUCUUCACAGUCGGCCUUGUCGCCUCCCUCCGUUCACGAAAAUGCGGCGGUAAUGCCAUUGGCAUCAUGAUCACUGCUUCCCACAACCCGGCGGACGACAACGGGGUCAAGAUUGUGGAUCCCAUGGGCGAGAUGCUGGUGUCGGAGUGGGAGCCUUACGCUACGGCCAUGGCGAAUGCGCGUACACCGGAUAAGCUGCGCAAUUGCUUUAUCCAGAUUAUUCAAAACGCUCAGGUGCAUGAUCAUAAUGCUCGCAAGGUCAUCUUUGCAAGGGAUACGAGGCCGUCUGGUGCACGGCUUGUAAGAGCUCUGAAGGCUGCUCUUGAAGCCACGAACACUGAGUAUGUCGACUAUGGUAUCCUCACCACUCCACAAUUACACUACUUGGUCAAGGCGACGAACACGGAAAAGAUGGACAAACCGUACGGUGAGGUAUCAGAGGAGGGUUACUACAAGAAAAUGGGCAAGGCGUUCAACGAGGCCAUAAAACGUGCCACCAAGCCACCGAGUAGUCCUGUCACGGUCGACUGUGCGAAUGGGGUUGGUGCGCCCAAGAUGAAGAAGCUGCUGGAAUACCUGCCAAAGGACAUACUCAAGAUCAACGUGGUGAAUGACAAGAUCGAGUCGGCCAAGGAUCUCAACUUCCAGUGCGGUGCAGACUACGUCAAGACCUCCCAACGCGUACCGAAAGACUUCGACGGCAAGCCCUACGAUCGAUGGUGUUCGCUAGACGGCGACGCCGACCGCAUAAUCUACUACUUCGUGGAAGACGGCUCCGUCUUCCGCCUCCUCGACGGCGACCGCAUCGCCACCCUCGCCGCCUCCUUCAUCGGCGACCUGGUCCGCAAAUCCGGCCUCGAAGACGCCAUCACCAUCGCCAUAGUUCAAACCGCCUACGCCAACGGCGCCUCCACCAAAUACGUCGAGCAGACCCUCAAACUUAAAGUCGAAUUCACAAACACGGGCGUCAAACACCUCCACCAUGUCGCGGCCAUGAAGGAUAUAGGCGUGUACUUCGAAGCCAACGGCCACGGCACCAUCCUGUUCUCCGAACGCGCCCAAAAAGCCAUGCGCAAACACCAACCCCAAUCCCCGGCCCAGAUGGAAGCACUGGAAACUCUCCGCGCACUCACCGACCUCAUCAACCAAACCGUUGGCGACGCCCUUUCGGAUUUUCUCUUGGUGGAAACUAUCCUCGCGCAUAAAGAAUGGACGGUCCGCGAAUGGUUGAGCACGUACACCGACUUACCCAACAAACUCGCCAAAGUCCUCGUCUCGGACCGCAGCGCCUAUAAAUCGGUCGAAGGGACCGCGGAGCGUCGGCUCCUGACGCCGAAACCCGUGCAGCCGCGCAUCGACGCUAUUGUGAGCAAGUAUAGGGAUGGGAGGUGUUUCGUCCGAGCAUCGGGGACGGAGGACGCGGUGAGGGUUUAUGGGGAGGCGGGGGAGGUGUAUGAUACGGAGGAUUUGGUCGGGAAGGUUUGUGAGUUUAUUGGAGGGCUUGGGGGUGGUGGUGGUGGUGGUAUGUCUGAUUCUGUUGGGCCUGCAGGGCGGUUGGGGGGUGAGAGUGGUGCUUACCAGACGCAGAUGUUGAGGGAGUCGGGGCUGGGAAGGGAUCUUAGGGAGCCGCAGGCCGGUGAGUGA